CGGACGCUGCCCUGUCAUCAGAGAGAGAGAGAGAGAGAGAGAGAGACGGAAAGCUUUGAAUCUGAUCCUGAUCACAGGGAAAACCAGUCAAGGUUGCACCUUUCGCUGGUUCUCCAAUUACAGCCUUUCUUCUCAAGCAAAUCCACCCAGUUUUAGCUUUCCAAUUCCCUAAUUCCGAUUCAAGGCACCUCCAAAUCCCCAAACCAAAAUCUCUUUUUUUUUUUCUUCCACAGCGCAAUCCUCCAUUUCCUGAUCCACUGCAUUUCCAACAACCUCCAGUCAUUCGAACCCUAGUUCCAUCCCAUCAUCCUCUUAUCUCCACCAACAAUGGUGACUACUCCUACCACCAACACCGCCAAUACCACCGACAACUUCUCGCUUUUACCUGAUGACACAGUACUCGACAUCCUUACCCGCUUAAUCUCCGACCCCCGUGACUGGUCCCGCCUCUCUUGCGUCUCUUCCCGCUUCUCGAACCUCAUCCGCUCCAUCUGCUGCCGCUCGUGGUGCUGCCACUUCAUCCCCAACCUUGCCGCUGAUCUCUCCAUCGUCCGCCACGUCCCCGGCGGCUGGGCUGCCCUCCGAAAGCUCUCUAUCUGCUGCCCUGGCCUCCACCACGCCGGGGUUCUCCUAGAUGAAUACCCUAAUCCCAAGUGUAGCCGCCGCCCCAUUUGGGAACCUCAUUUCGCCUCGGCGCAACGGGGAUUUAGCAGGGAGGAGGGGAGCAAGUUGCUGGCAAGUCGGUUUCGGGGUGAUUGCCUUUAUGUUAGCCAGUGGCCGGGGUGUGUUCAUGCCGAGACUAGGCGGAAGUACUUGUUGUUCAGGGGUGUGUUUAAGGAUUUUAAGGAUACUUCGGUGUGGAAGGCGGUGAGGGAUGCUAAGAAGAGUAAGAUUGAGGCAAAAUGUGCUUUUUGUGAUGGAAAAGAGACUUGGGAUUUGCAUUCUGCAUUUUGUUUGAGGAGGGGUUUGGAUUUUCAUCAAGGGGAGCCGGUUGUUCGAGCUUUUGUGUGUGAGAAUGGUCAUGUUUCAGGUGCUUGGGUUGAGAAGCCAAUGUAUUUAAUACAACUGGACAUGCUGCAUUGUUCUGAUCGUGUGAAGUCAUUUAAUUGCAUUUCCAUAAUUGUCGGGUCAGAGAAUUUUUCAUGCUGAAGGGCCUUGUGGGAUCGGUGGAUGGGGCUAGUGUGUAAUCCUAGGAAAGAAUGAAGAGGCCAUGGAUGCCUUGUCCAAACAAGGAAAAAUCUCUCACAUGGAUAUGUGCAAUAAAGGAAAGAAGACGGCAUUGGAUUGCUUACAUUAUGAUGAUUGGUGCUAUCAAACAAGCCCUAAAUGGGGUAGAUAGUUGUUGGAUUUCUUUUUAAAAUUAUUAAAUUCAGUUUUUUCCAAUUAUUUUUUUAUAUAGUUUUGUGUAUAAAUAUUCAUUGAAGGAAUAGACAAAAUCAAGCUUUCAAGUCA